ACAGGACUCUACGUUUACAAAAGAAAUGCCUGGCAGUCUGCUCGGUCUUGUGAUAUUGUCCAGACGGCUGAAGACACAAUAGAAACUUGUCGCGUGCGUUUAGAAUCAUCUGGAGUGUUUACCAUUAUAAUGGGUGAGGAUCUAGUGACUGGUCUUGCCCCAUGUAAUGUUUCUUCUGGAUGGAUUGCUGUCACACUGUACACCGGUUCACCACCAGAAUUAGCACCGACGACAGAAGUCCCGUUUUCAUCUAUAGAAACCAUUUCUCCAGAACCGACAGAAGAGGCAACAACAGCGCCUGUAUUCGUAGAAACCACCGCGACGACAGGAGUCCCAUCUUCAUCUAGGCCUACAGAUACCAUCCCUCCAGAAUCGACAGAAGAUCCAUCGUCAUUCGUAGAUUGGUCUUAUUGGGACGAUUAUUCUACUGAAAGGACAAUUGCGCCAGAAUCGACUGAUUCACCAACAGAGUCUACCACCAGAGAAACCACCGCGACGACAGGAGUCACAUCUUCAUUUAGGCCUCCAGAUACCAUCCCUCCAGAAUCGACAGAAGAUCCAUCGUCUGUCGUAGAUUGGUCUUAUUGGGACGAUUAUUUUUCUACUGAAAGGACUUUGCCAGAAUCAACUCAACCACCAACAGAGUCUACCACCAGAGGUUCAACUUCAACCACAGAUGAAACAUCCACCUCGUUGUCUGCGGACUUCACGCCAUCACAGUCUACUGCUUAUGCGAUUUCAGUUCGUCUAGUUGGUGCAAACUCCUCGUACGAGGGCCGAGUUGAGGUUUUCUACCAAGGCGAGUGGGGUUCAGUCUGUGAUAAUACAUGGGACCUUAAUGAUGCUGAUGUCGUCUGUCGCAUGCUUGGUUACACUUCGGCAUCCAAUGCUUGGCGCUAUACUCACUUCGGCAUAGGAUCAAGUCCGAUCAUUUUUGACAGUGUUGACUGCCAAGGCGAUGAAGUUAGCUUAGCUGAAUGCCAACUCGUUCCGGGCUGGACAAUUUGUGAGCUGGGAGGGGAGGCAGGAGUUACUUGUGAUAAUGGCGCGACAACUACAGGUUCACUGUCCACCUCAGAGGAAACAUCCACCAUGUUCUCUACAGACUUCACAACAUCACAGUCUACUACUGAUGACAAUAUUGACGAUCAUUGUUCUCCUAAUCCCUGUAUGAACGGCGGAACCUGCACAGAUGGUGUCCAUUCAUUCUCAUGUAAUUGUCCUGCAGGAUACGGAGGUGCUGACUGUUCCCCAAUAUCUGUACGUCUUGUUCAAGGAGAUGUUCCCAGCGAAGGCACGGUAGCUGUCAAGUACGGAGACCAAUGGGGAUUAAUAUGUGGUAACAACUGGAGAAUUAGGGAGGCCGACGUUAUUUGUCAACAGCUUGGAUACCAUUCUGCAUCUCAGGCUUGGCGAAAUUACGGGAAUGGAGAAUCGAUUAUUCUGAGCAAUGUCGAAUGCAUUGGAAACGAGACAAACAUCGACCAGUGCGAUCACAGUGAAUGGUUCGGUGUCUACUGUUACGUUCCUGUUGGGGUGACUUGUAAUGUCAUGGCACCGUCACCCCUUUUAGUUCGUCUAGCCGAUGGAAGAACCCCAAAUGAAGGCAGAGUGGAGCUGUACUAUGGAUGUUUUUGGGGCACAAUAAGUGACGGGUCCUGGACCAUGGAAGAUGCCAACGUUAUCUGUCGACAGCUGGGUUACCUUUCUGCAGCUCAGGCCUGGGGCGGGGCUUACUUUGGAAGAGGAACGGGGCAGGUUAUCCUCGAGGAUAUUGAUUGUGAUGGUGAUGAGCCAAGUAUUGAAGAGUGUGAUCACGGCGGCUUCUUUUCAAGUGACUUCGGUUAUUUCUUCUUUAAUCAUGACAGAGACGUGGGUGUGACCUGUAAUAUUGCAUCCCCCAAACCUGUUUCAGUGCGCCUUGUGAAUGGCAGCACGCCUUAUGAAGGUACAGUGGAAGUUUACUACGACGACCAAUGGGGUACAGUCUGUGGCGAUGGUUGGAGCAUUGAAGAGGCCAACGUCAUCUGUCGUCAGCUCGGCUACCCUUCUGCAUCCCAGGCUUGGCAGAAUGCUGCCUUCGGUCAAGGACCGGGACCUAUUUUCCUAGACAGCGUUGCAUGUAGUGGCAGUGAGUCCGGCAUUGAGCAAUGUGAGCACAGUGGAUGGUUCAGUCAUGACUGCAGUCAUAGCCAAGAUGCCGGAGUGACUUGUGGUGAAUCACUCGACAGAAAGGCUCCACUUGUUUCACUUCGUUUGGCUGGUAGAAACCGUACUCCUUAUGAGGGACGAGUGGAAGUUUAUGACAAAUGCCUUUGGGGUAAUGUGUAUAGCAAUGAAUGGAGCAUUCAGGAGGCCAACGUUGUCUGUCGACAACUCGGAUACCCGUCUGCAUCUCAAGCGUGGACGGAGAGUCCCUUCGGACGUCGAGGAACAGGUCCCGCGCUUCUAACCAGUGUUUCAUGUUAUGGUAAUGAAUCCGCUGUAGAAGACUGUCAACUCGGCUUCGACCUUGAAGAUAUCUACUGGUAUUCCUCUAGCGCUGUAACUUGCGAUCCUACAGCCUCUCCUGUUGCAGUGCGUCUUGUUGACGGAAGCACCCCAAAUGAAGGCAGAGUGGAAUUGUACUACAAGUGCCAAUGGGGCACAAUCUGCGAUGAUGGAUGGAGCAUCGAGGAAGCCAACGUCAUCUGUCGACAGCUGGGCUACCCUUCUGCCUCCGGGGCCUGGCAGAAUGCUGCCUUCGGUCUAGGAUCAGGGCCGAUUUUCCUGGACAGUGUUGCAUGUAAUGGCAAGGAGUCAAGCAUUGAGCAAUGUGAUCACAGAGGAUGGUUCAACCAUUACUGCACAGCUCACAGCAACGAUGUAGGAGUGACUUGUAAUGUUCCCUCCAAUUUUUGUGUCGUGCGUCUUGUCAAUGGUAAUACGCCACAUGAAGGCAGAGUCGAGGUCUACUAUGAAGACCAGUGGGGUACAAUCUGUGGCAAUGGUUGGAGCAUUGAAGAUGCCAACGUCAUCUGUCGUCAGCUCGGCUACCCUUCUGCAUCCCAGGCUUGGCAGAAUGCUGCCUUCGGUCAAGGAUCUGGACCUAUUUUCCUAGACAGUGUUGCAUGUAGUGGCAGUGAGUCAAGCAUUGAUCAAUGUGAGCACAGUGGGUGGGUCAAUCAAAGCUGCAGUCAUGGUCAAGAUGCUGGAGUGACUUGUGGUGAAAUAUACACAAGUUCAACCCCUCCGUCAAUUUUAGUGCGUCUUGUUAAUGGGAACGCCCCCAACGAAGGUAGAGUGGAGGUGUUUCAUACAUGCUUCUGGGGAACCAUUUGCAACAACGGAUGGGACAUUGAGGACGCCAACGUCAUCUGUCGACAGCUCGGCUACCCUUCUGCUUCUCAAGCUUGGCGGUAUGGUCGCUUCGGUCGAGGAACAGGACUGAUCUUUUUGAGAAACGUUGCCUGUGUUGGAACUGAAUCGAGCAUUGAACAGUGUAGGAACGAUGGGUGGUUUAACAGUGGAUGUAGACACCAUUAUGAUGUUGGGGUGAGGUGUAACACAGCAUCCAACUUUACCUUACCUCCGUCAGAUAACCAACCGCCAGUCGUGACCUGUCCUGCAAAUGUAACGGUCGAGACUAAAGCCGGCCAGAAUCUCGUUACAGUGACUCUGCCUGACUCUGUUGUUUCUGCCUAUGACGACUCUGGGACGUUCACAAUAACUAUCAAUUUAGAGGGCUCGCCACAUUAUUACAGUUAUGACGUCGGCGAUGACGUCACGCUGAGUCUGGCAAGGUCUCCGCAUUUAUUCCACUACACUGCUAUGGAUGAUGCUUACAACAGAGCAACAUGCGAUGUGUACAUCACUGUUGUGGAUAACGAGCCUCCUGAGAUCUACGAUUGCCCGGAUGACGUCAGCAUUCCUGUCAUGUCAUCAACCAAUCAGGUGCCUUACAGCUGGAUACCGCCAACAUUCUCUGAUAACUCAAAUGCUGACGUCGAUGUGGAAUUUACUUGCCGGGCAACUACAGCUCGUGAAUGCAACCAAGCUGGUGACGGGGCCUUCUCGGCAGGGGUUGCCACGGUGAUGUACAAAGGAAGAGAUCAAUCAGGAAAUGAGAACAUUUGUCAAUUCACUGUUACUGUUACAGUUGUAGCCAUUGUCUGCCCAGCAAACGUUAACGUCUUGGCCGAUCCCGGUUCGCCGGCAGCUAGUGUCCACUGGCUAGAACCAGCUCUGACUGGUUUUGAAGGACCUGCGAAUUUUACUUCCAGUUCUGAUCCUGGUGAUGAAUUUUCUAUUGGAUCUCACAUUGUUACCUACAAGCAAUGGUUUGAAAGUUUUACCUUGGAGUGUUCAUUCGCUGUGACAGUCGAGGGUCAGUGCGCGUCGGAAACAGUGAAUGAACUCACGUGGCCUGUGACGUCAGCAGGGUCAUUGGCCGAGUCUGUACAGAGAUGUCCACUUAUGACAAUGAAUGCUGGUGAACCUCGCGCAGUCAGGAACUGUUUAGUCGUCGAACCUCCUGAGUAUUUCCAAUGGGAGGAACCUGAACCUCGCAGCUGCGGUGAAACAAUGAGUGACGUCACCCUUGAAGACGUCGCAGAGGUCGACGUGAGUGCAGGUAAUGUUGCUGAAGUGGCCGAGUUUCUGGCCAAUGUUACAUCAGAAUCUGCGUCAGAUGUUACAGACGAUGUUGAGGUGGUUUCUGACAUUUUGAUGAACAUCGUCGAUGCAGGAUCAGGCGACACAGAGGUGACAGAGUUGGUACUUGAGACCGUCAACAAUGUCAUCAUGACAAGGGCAGAGCCCGCUUCUGACACCUCAGAGUCAGGGAGCUCCUCAUCGGCUAUCGUCCGAUCCGUGGAGACUCAAGUCUCCUUGACUCUGAAACAAGAGGGAAUGGUCCGCAUACGUCAGGAAACCAUCCACGUGGAAGCGGUCAGUCUGGACCCAGCACUUGAUAGUAAUGGAUUCACCUUUGCGUCUGUACGACAGCCUGGACAAGCGUCACCAGAAGAGGGUUCACUGGUUGGUACUCAGGUCAAGACGUACGAGGAUGAGAUUCCCUCGGAUAUCGAUCUGGUUGCAUCUGUGCAACUUCCUGGGAACAUUGUGAAUUCUUUAGCACCAACUGAUGGUAAUGGUUCAACCCCAUUGCAAGUGAGUUUCUUAAUCUACGCCGAUGACACGCUGUUCCAGUCAGCUUCCAACAGAAGACACACAGAUGAGGCUACCACGACACGUAAGGUUGCCGGCUCUGUCGUCUCGCUGACUGUGGAAAAUGUUAAACUCGUCAACCUCACGGAUCCCGUGGUGGUACAAUUUAAGAAACCCAGUAAUACAACUAUCAAAGAACUAAACACCACCCAGUGUGUCUCCUGGGACUUUAAACUCGAGGACGGCGUCGGGGAUUGGUCGGAUGUUGGGUGCACGCGCGCAGACGUAGACAUGACCGAUGACGUGGUGUCUUGCUAUUGCUACCACGCCACCAACUUUGCAAUCCUUGUGGACAUCAAGGGGCAAAAGACUGAGGUUACUCCUUAUAAGAGAGCUCUUGAUAUCCUCAGCCAGGUCGGAUGUGCCUUGUCCAUCAUUGCCCUGGUUAUCACGCUGAUUAUAUAUCUCACUAUCAGAAAACUACGUACCGGCAAAUCUCGGCAGAUCUUCAUUCAUUUCUGCUUCUCCUUGCUGAUGUUGUACAUUGUGUUCCUCACCGGCGUUGACAGUGGUUCAGGCGGCGGUUGUGUGUUUGUGGCCGCUUUACUCCACUACCUGACUCUAUCCACUAUGUUGUGGAUGGCCGUUGAAGCCAGGAACAUGUACGUCAGUACGGUGAAGGUGUUCCCAGAAGACACGCCUCGAUACAUGGUGAAAGCCUGUCUCUUUGCGUGGGGAUCUCCAUUGAUAGUUCUGACUGUAACCUUAGCAGCAGCGGUAAGCCACUACGACAACGAGGACUAUUGUUUCCUGAAACCAGAUCUUGUGUUGUUCAUCGGCCUCCUUGCUCCCAUUGGUCUCAUCCUCAUCCACAACAUCAUCACCUUCAUCUUGGUCAUGCGCAGUCUCCUGAAGGUCCGAGAGGCAUCCCGCGCCCAGCAGAUCUCCAAACGCCUCCAGAAUGCUGUGGGAAUCUCCGCCCUCAUGGGCUUGACCUGGACUUUCGGGUUCCUGGCCAUUGCUCAUGAUGAUGCAAGGUUCGCCUUCCAGCUCCUCUUCUGCAUUUUCAACUCCUUGCAGGGAGUGAUUGUCUUCAUCAUGUUCUGUGUUCGCCGCGAGGAGGUUCGCGUUGCCUUGGCACCUUACGUAAGACGCAUCCGUUGCUGCCACCCGCCGGCCCGCGCAAGCCAAAAACAGUCAUAUGAUCUGCCUGAGAUAUCCCAGAGUGCUACCUCACCAUCAAGAGUGCACACCGCAGAGUUGGAUAUUUCCGUGUCGGGGUUGUAAGGCAGACACAGUCCACAAUACAAUAAUGAUUCAGUGGAUAGUUAUCAUUAGUCCUUAUCAGAUUCGACCCGGAAUCCGGUUCAGAUUUGACCUCACACUCUUUUGCAUGACAUGAGGUGAUUAUGCCUCUUAAAAGCCAUGGUCUUGUACUUCAUACUUGUAGUAUAAAUUUCACACAGCCCACUGUAAAAUUUUCUGGUAUAUCCCUUCAGGCAAUUUGCAAAACCAAAGGUGGCCAGUCGAUCCUCUCUGGAGACACACACACUGUACACAGGGUCGUGAACUUCUAUACGCCCGAGGACAAUGCUUUGUGGUUCACUUUGUCCCAGGGCCUGUAAUAUAACUCUCUUACAUAGACUAAGCUCACAACCGUACGAUCGAGGACCGUUUUCAAUAAGAGCCCAAACGCCUGAGGACUGAUAUGAUCUUUUGUUCUCACUUGUGUGUAUGUCCUCUUUCGUAAAGCCGUACAUGUAAACACACAAACAGGUGUGUAAACACCUUCAUUCGUGGACCCCCUAUUGUCCCGCGUUUGUUUAUACUUUUUAGAAAGAUGUAUCAUGGACCUUCGGGUAUUGUAGACGAUAUUGUCCUCUAUUGCUCAACGUCCCCUGUUGAACUCAAAACAAACCCACAUACACCCAGUCCCACAAUUCAGAAUUUCCGUUGUUUGUGUACCAAUUUCAACAAUAAAAAAAUGAUGCUUUUAUCACUGGCUAUGAACAAAUAUUACAAUGAAUGUUAUAUAUAUUGAAAUUCUCUGUGCGUGAAGGCCACUCAAGAAGUGUUUAGACAAAAUAUAAUAAGUCAUUAAGUCAAGUGAUGAUAAUUGUUUCAUGCUUGUGGUGGCAAGUAAUAGACUCCCGCAAAGGGGAUUAAAUCUUGAGAAAAAAAAGAAAGCUGAAAUCCUGGUACAGGUUAGGGACCAAAAAAAACAAACUAACAAUGAAUAUAAUGUCUAUAUAUUCGGAUUUGUCUUAAAAGUGAGAUUCGCGGCGUAUUGGUCAAAAUAACGUCCUUUUCUAGGUCAAAGUCACACAUUCCCACUACUAGGACAACAUAUUUUGUGUCAGAAUAGCGCCGUUCGCCAUGCCGUGAAUCCCUCUUUUAAGACAAAAAAAACAGAGUACAGAGCAUAUAUUCAGGUAUUUGGCUGAGCACGUACCAAGAUUUCAACUCUCCCCUAUCUCAACAUUUUAUCCCCUGGGGUUUAUUAAUACCGGUUGAAUUGCCACAACCAGCAGGAAAAGUAUUAUCACUUGACUGAAUGACAAUCUUUUUGAGUUGCCUAAACGUACACACUUUUUUCAAUAAAUAUAUAACUGUUCAGUGCCAUAAUUGUUCACGUCCAGUAAUGCAACCUUCUAGUAUUUUUUGAUCGUUGAAAUUGGAGCACAAACACGAAAAUCCUGAAUUUUACGUGCAGUGUGGAUAUGUGUGUGUCCAACGAGGACGGACUGGCCACCUAUUUGGAAAAUUGCAUGAAGAGAGAAAACCAGAUACUGUUAUAUUGGGCUGUGUAGAAGCUAAACAACGAAAUCCUGGUAAAAGGGAAAAUCAUCUCAUGGGGCUAAAUGGCCUGGAAAGGGACUCAGGAAAAUGUCAUUUUGACCCGGCACUUGAAGUGCCCGGUCAAAUCUGACCCGGAUUCGAGUCUACUCUGACCGUGACCUUUUAAGAGGUUUUGGCAGGUCCCAUAGGCCAGCCUACUAUCCCCAUUUUCUGUCUCACUGAGUCUAUCUGACUCUGUCACUCGUAACUUGUACUGGUUGUAAACUUGUUUAAACAGCGGGGCAGUGCUUUCGUGUACGUUUACCCCAUUACGUCAAUAAAUGGGCUAAAUCUGGCCAUUGUGUAGAACAGAUGCAUGUAAAGACUUCGAAGGAAUAGCCAUUCUGAUCAAUUGAGUAUACAUUUGUGAACCCUGGGACCAUUUUUACUAGGCUUGGCUUGUCUUGCUUUGGCAAAUAGCGUGCAUGCCUGAAAUACAGCUUGUAGAUGACCGUAUAAUGCUUCACUUAAAAUACGCUUUUUAUACACUAAUUACAAACAUGAGAACAUUGAAAGUUACUGUCUUAUUGUAUAUCGCCUUACAAAAACAAAUAGGACCUUUGGGGAAACUCUUAAGCGUCAUAAUACGUUAUAUCUUUGGGAGACGGAAAAUGGGGAGAGACUUUAUGUCUCAGCCCCUAUUUAGAGGCAAAUAGCUAGAUCAAUCGCUCGUGGUCCAAUUAGU